AUGCCCGACAUGCCUGACGUCCAGCCCUCUCGCGAUGUCGUCGACACCAGGCACUCGUCUGUAAACCUCGAGGAUACCACUCUUGUCCUCUCCAGUGAUGCGCAGUGGCACACGGCCCAGGUAAACCAGUAUCCCACCUGGUUUGAGGCGCGAGGCUACAGGGACUUUGACGACUUUAUCGAAAGGCGCCGCCUGUUCUUUGACCGCACAGCACGGUGGAACGCAACUGACGGAAAGCCAACCUUCCUGACGUGGGCACUUGUCCCGCGCAGCGAUCCGGGCACGGGAAACAUCCUGUGUGGCUGCGAAACCUACCUCCGUCCAGGCGUGUAUCUGCCACCCGGUUCUUCGGAGCCCAUCGACUGCACGAGCUACGGCAUCGCGUGCGUGUACACGAAUGCCGCACAUCGUGGUAACGGCUACGCGCGGCAUAUGAUGCGGCUGCUACACUAUAUCCUUGCGCCGGCUGACACACUGCCUCCCUUCCCAUUAACGUGGGGCAAGCCGCCAGUGAUUCCCUCCGGCAUGCAGGACGCGGUAUUUAGCGUUCUCUACAGCGGAGUUGGCAAGGAAUUCUACGCCAAGUGCACGAAGGGCGAAAAUGAGCCUGGUUGGAUGCCCGAGGAGCUUAUCGUUCGUCAGUGGAACGUCCAGCAGCCCGCCACGGAGCCAGACCUCGAGGGCUGGACGUGGCUGCACCGAGACGAGCUGCCUGCGUGGGAGCAGGAGGCAUCACACCGUAUCCGCCGCGACCUGAUCAAUAAGGGUGACAAGAACAAGACUCGCCUCGCUAUCCUGCCUGAUCCUGGCUGCUUCGGUGUGCACGCAGUGCGGUACGAAGUCAUCCCUGGGGCGCGGCCAGAAGCAGCCUACGGCCUCGUGCUUCCGGAAGUUGAUGGCGAACGGCCGUUCUUCACGUAUAGCGUCAAGCCUGGGGCACGCAGGAAGCCUGAGGAGUUGCGUGACUCAGAAACGGAGCCGCAGGACUCUCCUGAGGCGUACAAUGCUCACGACCGCGCACGCCUAGUCGUUAUGUACUCGACCCCAGGCGUGCCGUGGUACGCGGUUGUUGCCGCGGCGACUCGGGAAGGGGUGAAUCGCAUCGAGGCAUGGCAAGGGUACGGGUGGGAUGAGGAAGCGGGGGGUGCAGUUAUGCUCCCAGAAGAGAACCAGCCGUGUCUGGCAGUGUAUGGGGUAACUGACAACGACGUCGAGUGGGAGUUUGAUGAGAAGUGGGUCUGGGGCAGGCAGAACUGA